AUGGACCCUGACUUCCUGCAGACCAUGACCAUAAGCAAUGAAUUUCGGUCUGUUCCAGACCUAGGAGAGGAUAGUCUGCUAGUUGGGCAAAGUUUCCCUGACAAGGACUCCGCUGAUCAGGCAAUAAAGAGGUAUGCAUUGAGCAUAUCUCGGGAGCACAGAGUGAAGCAGUCUGAUCGAAGUCAGCUAAAAGUGAUAUGUGUCAAAUUGAAUGAGGGGUGCAUGGGGAGAGUGAUCGCUCGAAAGAGCUCUGGGGUAUGUCAGCCCUGGCAUAUCUCAAAAAUAGAACCACAUAGUUGCGAGCAGGUGGGGGCUAUGGCUAAGCACCGCAACGUCACCGCAAAAUAUUUGUCACAUAUCUUGCAAGUGGCGGUGGAAAAAGACAUCAAUGUUAGUGUGAAGACGCUGCAAGAGACUGCAGAAGAUCAGAUUGGCUUCUCUGUCAGCUCCGGAAAGGCAAGGCGUGCCAAGGAGGACAUUUUCCAGAGGCUAUAUGGCACAUAUGAGCAAGCAUAUGACCUAGCCCCCAGACUGCUCCAUCAGAUAUCAUCAAGUAACCCGGGGACUCAAGUAUUCAGGAGAGAACGUCCACACCCCAGGGAGCAAAAUGAAGAAAUACUUGACUGUUUAUUCUGGGCAUUCCUGCAUGCUAUACAGGCAUUCCAACACUGUCGUCCGGUGUUGUCAAUAGAUGGUACCUUCCUCACUAGAAAGUACAAGGGCACACUCCUAUUGGCGAUCGCAGCAGAUGCAAACAAUCAGCUCCUUCCUAUUGCAUAUGCAUUGGUGGAGAGCGAGAACAAAGAUAGCUGGUUCUGGUUCUUAUGCUGCUUGAAGAUUUCAGUUGUCGGAAAUCGCCCCAAUGUUUGCAUCAUCUCUGAUCGCAACACGGGGCUAUUGAGUGUGCUCGAAUUUAUGAAGGUGGCACAAGAUCCAGAAUGGGGGUGGCCCGAUCUAGAGACAAGGUGGUGCAUGCGGCAUUUGGCAGCCAAUUUUUACUCAAAGUUCAAGAACAAGGAUUGGUUCAAGCUGUUCAAGAGAAUGUGCAUGCAGAAGACAGAAGAGAAGAUGAAUGCAAUUUGGAGUGGAAUCAAUGCCGAAAUUGAGAAAGCUGCGUUGCCACAGAGAAAAGAUCGGAGGGGCAAUACCAGGACAGUUAAUUUGUCUACGUGGAUUGCCGAGAGUUGCCCCGAUUUAAGCAAGUGGGCGCUUUCUUACGACUCCGGGGCACGGUACGGCAUAAUGACCACCAACAUGUCAGAGAUGUACAAUGGUGUGUUGAAAGGUGAUGACGUCGCACUUACCAGACCUUUUAGAGGCGUCGUUUGA